ACUUCUAUAACUGGAAUAAGGUAAAGAUUCGAUACUGUGAUGGUUCAUCAUUUACUGGUGACAUAGAGGCAGUAAAUCCUGCAACAAAUCUUCACUUUAGAGGAGCUAGGGUUUGGCGUGCUAUUAUGGACGAACUACUGGCAAAGGGGAUGAACAAGGCGCAAAAUGCUCUUCUUUCUGGCUGUUCAGCUGGUGGUUUGGCAUCCAUACUACACUGUGACAGCUUUCGUGAUCUUCUACCAGCAGGUGCAACAGUUAAAUGCUUCUCAGAUGCUGGUUAUUUUAUAGAUGCGAAGGAUGUUUCUGGAAAGGAGUCGAUCAAAGACUUCUAUAGUCAAGUUGUGACCAUACAUGUAAGUUAGCUUAGUUUUUUUUGAUUGAC